AUGGCGCCGCCCGAAGCUGGGAGACGGAAUCCCACUGUCUUGGUAACCGACUCGCGAGACCAACAUGCUCAACGCCCCAGUCGCCGGGCCGCGCUGCCUGCCACGCGUCUCAUCACGGUCGACAAUGUCCUGCAAUAUGCCUCGGAUAUCCCAUCGAUGCAACAACGGCGGCCCAUGCAACAGCGUCCGCAGAUGAGGCCUCGAUCACGUCUUUCGGCGUCUACUGGUAUUGCGGGCGCGGCGUCUGGAUCCAAUGCGCCAUUGAGCGGAGGCAUUGGUGGUGUCGGUGUCGGCGGCGGUGGGAAUGUCAUUGGUAGCAGUGGUGGUGGUAUUGGCGGUGGUGGAUCGGGCACAUUAGGUACAGCCGGUAGAUUGGCGGCGCAGGCUCGAUUGCCGUCUCGAUCGACCAAGGUCAGUGAGAAGCUGGUUCUAUUGCCGGAUUUGGAAGACACCACAGAGGCAGAAACCGUCGGUCGGAUUGGUGGCGAUGGAGGAGACGAAGAAUUUCUUGCCGAGCCGGUUGAUGAUGAACUAGUUCGUAGGAUCGCAGAAGAAAGAAACAUGGACCCGGAUACGUUACGCCGACGACUACAAUUAGCGGCGCAGCAGCGUCUACAGGGAGAUUUUGGAGUUGAUAAUGAUCUUGCCCCGUUACUGGCUGAGGAAGAAGCAUUGAGACAGCGAUUUGUGCCACCGGAAAAGGCGAAAAGCUAUGCCGAACGAUUGCCGAAGGCUCGACGAGCAGAGAAAUUACCUCGUGUAACGGCUUAUUGCACUGCGCAGGGAUUCAAGAUGGGUGCUACCGCUUCUUUUGUCAAGGAGUGGCAUGGAGCGAGGACGAAGCUGUAUGAUGAUUGUUUGUAUACAGCGUACCAUCUGCCUUUACUCCCUGGUCGAGGCGGGUAUAGGCUACGCAGUAGUCCCGUGCUGAAAGGGGCCGGUGGACGGGUUGUGCUGGAUGACGAGAUUGAGCGGAAUGAGCAGAGGGAUUAUCAUGAUGAGUAUUAUGUGGAGGAGCAUGAGCAUUCUGUUGGUGGGCGACGGAACCAGAAUAAUGAGUCUGAGGACAGCGGUAGGAAUCAAAACGAUCAUAAAUCGGAUGCACAAGAUACGGACUCCGGAGACAGUCGACCUUCAAGCAGCGAGCGAGAAACAUCGGAAUCUCAUAAACCUCAGCCAACGACAUCAUCCUCGACAACACCAACAACACCCACAACAGCAAACCGAAUACCCUCAAACGUGUUCGAUUACGCCGAGAUGUUCGUCUUUAGCUACGGAGUCGUAGUAUUCUGGAACUUUACCGAACGGCAAGAAAAGGACAUACUCGCCGACCUGACUUUCUCAUCAUCCGGCACCGGGCCACAAAUCUCGUUGGCAACUCUGCCACUUGCAGAAGAAGACUUUGAGACGGAAGAGUUUCACUUUGAGUACUCAACUGAAAUCUCUCGACCGCGAGUGUACAACGACAUGAUCACACUACGGUCGAGAGACCACAUGAUCAAAUUAGCGAUAUCGCACGGAAUAGCCCAAAGUACUAAAUUGUGCUUUUUCGAAGAGGCCAUGUCAAAGGAAAUGACGGAAGCCAAGGAUGUGCCACGCCGACUUGCCUUGACGGGCAAACUUGGAAUGAAGCGUGAUGAGGUGUUUCGGAUAUUGGGCCGAUUGUUCAAAAGUCGUGUUGAAGUCAAUUUGUCAUCGAAUAUGUUGGAUGUGCCCAACUUUUUCUGGGAGUCUGAGCCAACCCUCUACCCACUCUACAUCGCCGUCCGAGAAUACCUCGAAAUCAAACCGCGCAUCCAGGUCCUCAACGAGCGGUGCCGAGUCUUUCUCGAUUUGACCGAGAUCCUGUCUGAUUCUGUAGCAGACAAUACCGAGUCACAUCAAACAUGGAUCAUCAUCAUCCUAAUCAUAAUCUCAAUCCUCGUCACCACAAGCGAAGUCUUUCUCCGAUUCGGAAUACUGUCUAGCAACCAUGCAGCCGAGAAUCCCGCCGGCCCAUCGUUUGUCUCUAAUUUGAUGAUGAAUUUGCUCGGACGGGAAUCGUCAUCGUCGGCGAUGAGCGCGCCGUAUUCGUCGAUGGGCGUUGACGGGACGUGUGUUUGUCCGGCAUUUAAUUCUAGUGUUUAA